AUGUACCGGUUGUUUCUCAGGGUAGGGUUCCGACAACCCACGACAGCCGGGCUCCGGGGCCCUGGGCCUGAGCAGGUCCCUGAGCCUCAGCAGCUCCUCGCCGCGCCCUGCAGACCGCAGCGCCUCACUCCCCUGCUACGGCAAAGUGGCGGGUCGGUAUUGUUUCUUGGAGGCAAUGAAGUGAAAAGCAGUGCUGUGGUGAAAUACUCCUCUGCCCCCCCGCAAGCAGCGUUUGCCCGUCUGCAGGAGAAAACUGAUUUGAAGCUUCCACCUGCCAACUGGUUGCGUGAAAGCGCUAAGCUGGGACCAGCAGGGACAACCAUUCUUGGCAACAGCAAAAAAAGUAAACCAUUUUCAAGCUUUGGGAUGGCGUAUGACUUCAUUGACUCAGUUGGAAAUGAUGUCGAUGUUGUGUCUGAUUCAGAGAAUAUUAAAAAACUUCUGAAGAUACCUUAUAGCAAGUCACAUGUGAGCAUGGCAGUACAUCGCAUUGGGCGGACGCUCUUGUUGGAUGAGCUGGAUAUUCAAGAACUCUUCAUGAGAUCAUCUCAGACAGGGGACUGGACAUGGCUGAAAGAGUUUUACCAAAGGCUCAUUGAUCAAAAGUGGCAACGAAAAAAGAAGAGUAAAGAACAUUGGUACCAGAAGGCUAUACUUUCAAAAUUUUUGUAUUAUAGCAUUAAUGGUGAUGGAGCUGCUCAGCCUGUUCCUUCCACUUCAAAACAGCACCAGGAGGGUCCCGUUUCAGGUGAGAGUGAUGAAGCAGGAAGGGCCUCCUGGCCAGCUCCUUUUGAAAUGCCUUCUUCGUUAUCUGAAGACCCAGGUGCUUCUAAUCAGGGAAGUGUGCCUCUUGAACCCUCAUAUAUAGUGGGGCAUGUGGCCUCAGCCCCCAAAGAACAAAACCUGACUACUUUGUUCAAUGACGGGGAAAACAGUCAGGGACUUAAAAAUGACUUUGUUCGUAAUAUCUUGUGGACCUUUGAAGAUAUCCACAUGUUAGUAGGAUCAAACAUGCCUAUAUUUGGAGGUGGAAGAUACCCUGCUGUGAGCUUGCGUCUCAGGGAUAACAACAAGCCAAUAAAUGUGCUAACAGGAAUUGACUAUUGGUUGGACAACUUAAUAUGCAAUGUACCAGAGCUUGUGAUGUGCUUUCAUGUUAAUGGAAUUGUUCAGAAAUAUGAAAUGAUCAAGACUGAAGAUAUUCCCAAUUUGGAAAACUCUAAUUUUUCUACCAAAGUGAUAAAAGAUAUUGCUCAAAAUAUCUUAUCUUUUCUGAAGUCAAAUUGCACCAAAGAAGGACAUACUUACUGGUUAUUUAAGGCAAGUGGGAGUGAUAUAGUAAAGCUCUAUGACCUAACCACCCUUUGUGAAGAGACAGAAGACAAAUACCAAAACCCUUUCACAAUGCCAGUGGCAAUUCUUCUAUACAAAGUUGCUUGCAAUAUGAUGCUGAAGAAAAACCAGAACAAGAAGCACUAUGGCACUAUCAGAACAUUGCUCCUUAAUUGUCUUAAAUUAUUGGACAAUGGCAGACAUCCUCAAAUUAUUGCUUCAGCAAACUACAUGUUAUCAGAGCUUUUUCAGUUGGAUGAACCUAAAAAAGACGACAGUACGGACUUCCCUAUCAAUGGAAAUUCUGAUGAAAGUUAUAGCGAGGAAGAGGAGGAAAUGCCAGACAGUGAUGAAAAUGGUUCUUACAGUAACAGUUCUGAUCCACCAGAUGACAAUAAAGCAGUGGCUAUAAUCAAAUCUGUUGGAGAGUUAUCAGUACCAGAAAAAUACAAGUCUGUUCAUCGAAUACGUCCAAGUUGUGCCUUUCCUGUCUGCCAUGGCACUGAGGAGCGCUGCAGGCUAGUGCUCAACUAUGUCCUGGAGGGCUUGAAGUCUGUUGACAGCAGUGUUAAAAAAGAGGGUGACCUUCCUGCAGCUGACCCCAGCACUCCAAUCCCAUUGAAAUAUGAAGAUGAAUCCACCAGUGGUGGUCCUGAGUGUCUGGAAAAACAGAUAGCAUUGUUUUUAGACAAAAUGGGCUCGUUUCAGAAGGGUAAGCAUUCCAGUCAGUCAGGAAUGAUUCCUGGAUCGUGGCAAUAUAAAAUGAAACUUCAGCUCAUUCUGAAAUCGUCAAAGGCUUAUUAUGUGCUAUCUGAUGCUGCUAUGGUUCUGCAGAAAUACGGGAGAGCAUUACGAUACAUCAAGCUGGCUUUACAGUGCCAUGAUACCUACUGUUGUCUCUGCGCCAGCAUGCUUCCUGAAGUAUUAGUAUUUCUUUGUCAGUGUUUAACACUUUGUGGAGAUAUCCAAUUAAUGCUUGCUCAGAAUGCAAACAACAGAGCAGCAUAUCUGGAAGAAUAUAAUUACCAGACAAAAGAAGAUCAGGAAAUAUUACACAGUCUUCAUAGAGAAUCCAGGUGCCAAGUGUUUGCCUGGGCUACAGACUUGUCUACGGACUUGGAAUGCCAACUUUCCAUCAGCUGUAAAUGUUAUGAAGCGGCUUAUGAAAUUUUACUUUUCAGUAAUUUAAAAAAUCAAAAUCCAGAGCAGCAUAUACAGGUGUUAAAGAGGAUGGGCAAUAUCAGGAACGAGAUUGGAGUGUUUUACAUGAACCAGGCUGCUGCAGUGCAGACUGAGAGAGUGGUGAGUAAAAAUGUAUCGACGACAGAGCAGCAACUCUGGAAGAAAAGCUUCUCUUGCUUUGAAGAAGGGAUUCAGAAUUUUGAGUCAAUUGAUGAUGCAACCAACGCUGCUCUUCUGCUCUGCAACACGGGCAGACUGAUGCGAAUUUGUGCUCAAGCACACUGUGCAACUGAAGGUGACUUCAAAAGAGAGUUUUCCCCAGAAGAGGCCCUUUAUUAUAAUAAGGCUAUUGACUACUAUCUGAAGGCAUUAAGAUCCCUAGGGAAGAGAGAUGUGCAUCCGGCUGUUUGGGAUUCUGUGAACUGGGAGCUGUCUACUACGUAUUUCACUAUGGCAACGCUACAGCAGGAUUAUGCUCCACUCUCUAGAAAGGCUCAGGAACAGAUAGAGAAGGAAGUGAGUGAAGCCAUGAUGAAGUCCUUGAAAUACUGUGAUGUUGAUACAGUGUCUGCACGACAGCCUCUCUGCCAGUAUCGGGCUGCAACCAUCCACCACAGGCUUGCUUCCAUGUACCACAGUUGCCUGAGAAACCAGGUUGGUGACGAGCAUUUGAGGAAGCAACACCGUGUACUCGCUGAUCUACAUUACAGUAAAGCAGUACGACUCUUCCAGCUCUUGAAGGAUGCACCCUGCGAGUUCCUUCGUGUGCAGCUGGAAAGAGUGGCAUUUGCAGAAUUUCAGAUGGCGAGUCAGAACAGCAGUGCUGGUAAAUUAAAGACUUUGUUUGGGGCCCUAGAUAUAAUGGUGAAGACCAAGAGUGCGUUCCAGCUCAUCAGAAAGGAGCUUGUGGUAGAAAGUGAACAGAUAAGCAAGGAUAAAAGUAGUGCUGAGAAUACAUCACCUAACGAUCCCUCUGCUGGUCUUAACAAAGAAGAAGUAUUGAAACUGCUUAGUAUUUUUGAGUCCAGAAUGUCAUUCCUUCUCCUCCAAUCCAUUAAAUUGUUAACGUCAACCAAAAAAAAAAUUGGGGGCAUUAAUGAAGAAGAAGUUGUUCUUAAAACAAACAAGCAAGUUUACUCCCUGCUGUUGCGUGCAACUGCUAACAAAAGCAUGACUCUGCUGGAACGAAUCGAGGUAAUCCUAAAUUUACUGGAACAGCUGACUCAAAGUAACGAAGCUGGUAAUGGAGGAACUCAGUGACUGAAACGCUGCUCAGCAGUAGAACCAGUGCCUUGCUCUGCAUGGGAUCAGUGGCAGUUUUUCCCAUGUAUUUGUAUUUAUUGAAGGUGAUAUCACCGCUGUUAGGCUGUACAUCUGGGAAGGAACAGGAUUUUCCUUUUACCCUGCGAGAACUCUGCAAUGGUUUGGUUACUGGUGUUUCUUUGAAAUGCCAGUUUGGGGGUCUGGAUAGAAACGUAACAAUUUUUUGUUUGUAGGGAGAAAUUCCCAGUUUUUCCUCUUGCAGGUAAUGGGCUUUGCAGUGAUACAAAUGUUUUGCAUAAAAAUGUAAUCUCACAGUUGCUCUGGUUUGAUAUUUAAUGAAAUCUACCUUGUGAGCAAGGCUUCACUGGAACGCUUUAACCGGUAACGAUGAACCAAAGUUGUACAAGGAAAUGUCUGUUGAAUAUGUGGACACACUACUUUGAUGACAGUUACUACCCUGCACAAAAAUCUGUGCCUUUCUAGCUUUGAUGGAAGACUCUUGCAAACGUUAGCCAUCACUGGGACUUCAAUUUGUGCCAGAAAGUGAAUGGUUUUAGCUGUGUUUGAAUUGAUCAAGAAUAGUAUUAUCUUUUUAAGACUUGAAACUGUGAAUAAAUGAGAGCAUAUUUUUAAAUAAAAGUUUAUUUAUUAAAUAUAAACUCACAAAUGGACCUGUCUUGCUUUUAUUGAUUAUGACCCUCACCAGAGAAGCAAACUGCUCAACAGAGUUAAAACUAUUUGAAAGGCAGCAGGGGCUGCAAAAAAAAUCUGCAAAAUCAGGACUAACAAAUGAGUGUAGUCCUAAUCUCAGCAUGUGAGGACUCUGCUUUUUGGAAAUAUGUAU